AGUAUUGCCACAUUGGAUUGCCUUGACCUUUGAAACUCAGCAGCAACCGAAACAAAGUGAGAAUUGACUUGCUAGAUUAUGUAUGGAUGGCUCAAAUGUUAAUUGUGGUAUAUGCGUACUCUAGCCCAGUUUGGAAAGACAAUCCGUGUCGGUUGACUGCUACAUUAUUUUUAGGUUACCUACUGUUGAUUAUUGUAACGACUUAAGUAGGCUAUACAAAGGGGACGAACUCAUUUUAAUCCUCAGAGAACGGCGAAAUGCUGUCUUUUUUCACUUCUUUAAUUCCGUCUCUACCGAGUUGGUUACUGUUUGAAACAAGUCCUGUCGAUAGUUUUAUGCAAGGAAUUGUUGGAGCAUGUGGGAUCUCAGUGCUUUGCAGUCUACUGAGAAUUCACGUAUUCAUUGAGUCAGAGAGAAAUGAAAAUGACAAAGGUAAUGAAGGGAAAUCAAAACCAAGGGCAGGCCACCUCAAGUGGCUGUUUGGAGCAUUCCAGUUUUGGUUCCUCACAGGGAUCCUUGCUAUUGUGGGGUCACAAGUUGCAUCACUGGUUGUUCUUGAAUUCAUACUGAGAGUGAUUUCAGCACGAGUCACUGCUGGACCAGAUUCCCACACUGGGUAUACAGAGAGGUUACUUGUUCAGUGUCAAUUCUCUGUGGGAUGUGCACUAAGCUGCAGUCUUCAUUUUCUCCACAAGGAGGCACCCCAUCGCUGGUUGAGUCUUCUGCUUGCCACAGCACUGAGUUGGUUCUUGGCCAGUCAGUGUUCAAGACUAUAUCAACAUGUGAAGACACUAUUCCAUUUGCACAGUUCACAGCGCUACUGUGGUAUCUGUAUUGGACUAUUAACCUCAGGAUCUUCCAUCCUAACCUUUUUAUGCUGUCUUCUUAUUCUCACGUUCACUGUGGCUGCAAUUGCUGCUUUAAUUUCCAUCAAUCAGCAGUUUUUGUCAGCCAAAGAGGCUAUUCGGUUCUGGACACCCUUAACAAUCUGCUAUACACUGCUUGUGGUGUCUACACAAGAACAACAACGGCAACCCACUAGCCAGACAGCUUUUCACACAGUGGUGGUACGACUCGGAGGCCUAUUUCUGCUGAUGCUGACAGUGGGCCAAUGGGCAGAUAUGUUCCAUGUCCUCGUGUGUUUCCUGGGAGAAGCAGCUUGUUUAAUUCCUACUGAAGACCUACUGAAUGCCAGAGAAAAUGGUACAGCAAAAGUUCACAGUAACCAGGAUCUGAAAGGAUACAACAGAAGACAUUUAAACAAAAAUGAAAGUAAUUAACACUAUAGCUGACUGCCUUUCUGUACUUUUUUUCUAAUUUCUUGUUAUAAUUUAUACUUUUGUUAUCGUUAUGUAUUGUUACUUUAGGUAUAUGUGGGACUUGCAAGUAAAGAAUAAUAAAUGAAGGCUAAAUAUCA